AUGUCUGCCUUUAACAACUUUUGCGUAGUCUGUGACAAACUUAUUGUCUCCCCAUCAGACGAACAGGAAACAGCAAGCACAGUAUCCAACGAAUCCUCAGAUAAGUUGUAUUGUUCCGAUAUGUGUAAGUUAAGGGAUAGUUCUGUCAGCGUCAGUGUCUCUGUUCCACCUGUCCAAAAUGAUUUGGACUCGGGAAGGGAACAUGAUGAUCUCGAGUUGAAACACGUCAGCGAGGAACAACAAGACAGUGAUAACCUUACUACGACGUUAUCCACAGAGACCAUCAACUCUACUACAACUUUGGAACAGUCAGAUUCAUUGAUCACUUCGCCGUUGUUAAUGCCUCAAACAGCCGUAACCCGAAGUACAAUUUUGAAGCAUCCUACUUACGAGGAACUUAUGGUACAAGAUGACUUCUGGUUGAAUAUGGAUUCUCAUUUACCAAGAACUUUAUCUGAUUUUUACCCUACAAAGGCCCUCCUAAAUUCUUCUUCGAAUUCAGUUAUUGAUCAAACAGCUGAAAAUAAUUAUAAAAUUUGGCUAGAUUAUAAUCAUUGA